GGAAAAAGUAAUAUCAGGUUCCCGCCAAAAUAAUACUCGUCGCUGGGUCUGGCGGUAAGCGGGCACCAUGGCGCCACUGUCAGAAGACGCGAUCACUGUUUUCAUUCCGUCUCGUGCUGUUUAGGAGUAUUUUCUGGAUCGUGAAAAUCGGAUUUUUCUACAAUUUAUCGGCUGUGAGUCGUCACCAUUGGUUCGAGAGAUGAUCGUUAAAAAUCAUUUUUGAGGUGUCCAAAGUGUAUUCGAAAAAUAUUUACGAGAAAACAGGAAGUGAAUCUAGCACGGAGGGAAGAGCAUUAAGCGAGAAGAGCCAUCUUGACGAAGCAAGCAUCGGCUUGUUCGUUAGCUCGUUCGUCUUAGGGACAAGAAGAAGAGGAAAGGAGUUGCGUGUGGCGGCAGCAAUGUCAUCUUUUCGAAACAAUUUCGAUAUCACGACGCGUUUUAGUUAUUUACGUUAACGCAAUAGUCGUUUUGCGUAAGGCCAAAGCCAUUUAACCGGGUGAUCCGCGUGCGUUAACACGAAAACGAAGGAAGAAGGGAGAAAGAAAGAGAAAGAAACAUAGAAAGAAAGAGAGAGAAAAAAAGACAGAAAGAAAGUCAAACUGUAUUUUCUGACUACGCUAAGCAAACAUAAUUUUUAACAAGAUGGAAGCAGACGAUGGCCCCUCGGCUGUCAAUACUAAUCCAGCUACUAUAAAAGCUGCACAAGAAGAAAUGGGACGAUUAGAUAUUUUGGUAUGUGGUCAGUGCCAUUCAGCUUUCCACUUUAUCGAAGAAUUUCAAGAACAUCGUACUAAAGAAGGCUCUUGUUCACACGUAUCACAUUUUCGUGACAAUACUAAUAAUGAACAAAAAGCACAAGUUUGGGCCUUCCUUUUGUGGAAAGAUACACAAAUUCAACACGAGAACUCUGAUAGAGACACUACUAAUUCAUGGAAGCUUUAUCAAAAAUGGUGUAAAAUGGAUACACACAUUAGAGAUACGUGGAUAACUGCAGGAAAAACUAUACAAACGUUUACUAAAAUAAGUAAUGCAAAGAUGCAGGAAGUUCCAAGGCAAACUAAUUCUAAUGCUGAAGGAACGAAACAAAUAGUAGUACGUAAAGUCAUUAGAAAUGGACAACCAGAGGAUGCAUCUGAUUCUAAGAAAGAUAUUAAAUCUUCCGAAGCUAAAUUACAAAAAGGCUUGGAAUCUACGGAGGGUGAAAUCGAUAAGAAAGAUAAACCAAAAAUGAAACCGACUUUUAAACCGAAGCCAGCGCAUAAAAUACCAAAAGCAGCAGGAGAAGAAGAUAGAGAUUCGAGUACUGAGGAAUACUAUAUAGAAAAAAUUUUAGCCAAACGUUUCAAUCCAAAAAAGAGAUGCCCGGAAUACUUACUCAAAUGGGAAGGUUAUAUACACGAUAGCAAUUCAUGGGAAGCAUUAGAAAAUGUUCCAAAUUGCAAGCACUUAUUAGAUGAAUUUGAAAGGAAUUUAGCUAAACAAAAAGAAAUGAAAGCAGCACAACAACAGCAAGCCAGUAAUAAAUUAUCAGGAAAAGUAGCGGCACAAAAAGCUGUUAUCAAAUCAGCAGAUGCCAGCAAGCCUGGCCCAAGCAAUGUGGUUCAAGCAGGACGUCCUAUGCGUUCGAGUAAAUCUAAAGCAAUGGAUCAAGUGAAGCAGUGGUGUGGUUCGAUGAAAGAUGAAGAGAGUGAUCUACUAGGAAAGAGAAGGAUAGACUAUUCUGAUAGCGAUUCAGAAGAAGCUGGUAGUAGUGCUGCUAAGAGGGCAAAGGGUGAUACUGGUAGCGAUGAAGAGUGGAGUGGAGAAUCAGAAGAAGAUAAGAUGAUGGGACGUAGUGAUGUAAUACAACGUGCAUUUAAUCGUGCAAACGUGCAAUCUAAUGGUUCUAACAGAACUGUUUCUACUACUGAUCUUGCAACUUCAUUGGGUCUUCAGUCACCAGAUGGAACUAAAUCAAAUCAAUCUCCAGUAUUAGUCGCAAAUGCUAAAGGCGUUGUUAAGGUGGAUCCUAAACAAAUGCCAAAUCUAACAUCUGGUGUCUAUGUUAUGUCACGAAAAGAUGGAAUUAUAAAGUUAGAUUCAUCUCCGAGUGGAAAACUCGCUGUCAAAGGUUCAUCUACAGCGCAAGGUGUUCUAAUGGUACAAAAUCGGGAUAACAGUAAUGUAAGAAAACAAGUUAUUUCAGCGAGUCAAUCCAACUCUAUCACUCCCGUUAAAGUAGUAUCGAAAAUGGAUGGAAGUCCGAUGGUAACACAAAUGAAGGUAGUUUCUAAGCCUGUUGGAUCUAAAGCAGGAGGUAUACAAAAAUCAGAACCUAUCAAAAUACAACCUAAACCAGACCCAUCACAAUUACAACAAAUACAUGUGGUAACUGCAGUACCAGCUCCUAUAACGUUACAACCAAGACUUAGUACGGGUAUACGUCCUAAUCCUGUUACAGUAUCACGUGCUGCUGAUGGUCGUCCACUGUUACCUAGACCAGCACUACGUGCAACUACUCCAACUAGUGUUCUUGGUAUUGGAUCACCUAUUCGUACUCCUGUUAAAGCACCAGCUCCUAGACAAUUACAGGGUCAACAAACACGACAAGUUUUGCACAAACGUACAACAGUUGUAAAUACUCCAGCUAGUUCACCUAGUACUACAUCGGUGACUCCUCCUAUUAAACCAAAAUUCACGGUACUCAGUUCACAAGGAAAGCAAGUUAUGAAAUCUAGUAGUCCCGCACAAAAUAAGCAAUCACCUAAAUCAGCAUUGAGUAAACCGCAGUCUCUGAUAUCGCCACAACAGAAAUUAUUAAUGGCAAAGAGAAAAGCUCAGGAGGCAGCAGGUUUGAUCAAGCCAGGUGGACGUGGCAUAUUGGCUAGCAAUCGUGCAUCUAUUGGACGUGGCAAAGCAAAACCUGUUGAAUCAUCAACAGUUAUUUCUCCUGGAAACAAACCUAAAGAAAGUAAAUUAGCAGAGGGAGAUGGACUUCAUAUGGAAUUUCAUGAAGUUGGCUCAGAGGAAAGCAGUAGCGAAGGAGAACCAGAACUUCCUCCACCCGAGGCCGAAACAAUUACAGCUACUGAACCUGAUAGUCCACCGAGACCAUUUACUUUGUGUCCUUUAACUGGACGUAUAAUUGGGCCUGAUGGCGAGCCAAUCGAACAGUCCAAUGAACAUGAACCUGAACCAACUCCUUCAACAACAUUACCAAAUGUUAAAACAGCUACAACUUCGGCUGAAAACACAGACACUAUUGCAACAACUACUACUGCUGAAUUAGUAUUACCUUCUCUUGAUUCCCUCACAGAAGCUGGUGGUAUUAUGAGAGUAGAAAUGAGUCCCGGUGGUACAACAGGUACUAUAGUCCAAACUAGCGAACCAGCACAAAUUCACUUACCAAAUGAAGCUGUAACUGCUCCAGAUCUUCCUUGCUUAGAUGAUUCAACGACAAAUACAGUAACAGUAACACCACCAACCACAACCGUAUCAACAUCUUUAACAGAAACAUCUGUAAGUGAGCCUACCAUCACGACGGGAGCAACAACAGCUACUGCAGUAACAUCUACCACAGUUACAUCUACUGAUGUAGUAAAUAAAUCAGAUGAGAAAAUAGCUGAGGAAAGAAAAGUAACCGAAGACCCAUCGAAUGUAGUAACGAUAGCAGGUGAAGAUGGUGUUUUAUAUCAAGUCACUGGAGAAGCUGACGAUGGACAAACUUUAUUAGUAACGCGAGGAGCGGAUGGUGAACAGCAAUGUGUAUAUGUUACAACGGAACCACAAGGUGAGGGAGGAGGAGUUUUAACGCUGGAUAAUGCAGUUGCUGAAGCAGUCGCACAAUUAAUACCUGACCAAGUUAAUCUUACAUCACAAUUCUAUGUAAAAGAAGGUGAUGCAGAGCCUACUGAAAACCCAAUGGUAAUGUCCAUAAUGGAUAACACAAAUGCAACUGAUGUUACUGGAUGUCAAGAGGAUAGUGAUGGACAAGCACAAGUUGUGGCUCAAGUUGUACAAGCAGAGGAGCCUACGCCAGGUGGAACGAGAAGAGUAGUGCUACUUCUGCCAGAUGGAAAUUUAAUGAUGACUGAAGUAGAUGAAGAACAAUAUGCUGCACUUGAACUCGACAAAUGAAGAUUUGUAUCAUUUAAACAUGUGUGAAGAGAAAAAUGACAAACCCCUGUGUCGAAUUAAAUAUUUACAUGAAUCUUCUAUAUUUAAGAGUGACCAUGGAUUGUAUAUAUGUAAGAACGAUUAAUUCGUACAAUUACAUUCAACAAAACAUUAAUUUUUUUCCAGCUAAACAAACAUGGUGCUGGUAAAAUUGUAAAAAAAAAAAAA